AUGCUGAUAACGUUCAGAAGUGAAGAACUGAAGAUAUUGAGUCUUGCUAAAGGAUGCUCCAAUGAGCAGAACAAAAAUGAGACAAAUAGUUUCCACAGGUUUCCUUUUAAACGCCCAGAUAUUUUGGAACUUUGGAUUACUGCUGUAGGAAGGGAAAAUUGGUAUCCCUCAAAGUAUAGUAGAAUAUGUGAAGAUUACCUUCAUAAUCCAAGUUAUACAAGAAAAAUAUUGAAACUUGAUGCUGUACCAAGUGUAUUCAAUAAUAUCCCAAGACAUUCAAGGAUCAUGGAAUACCAAUUCUAUAAAUCAUGCAUAUGAAACAAGAAAUAAAGACUCCUUGCAGAUUCCAGUGCACCAUCUGAAGCGCAUAGACCAGGGCAUGGACUUCUGGGGCCCCAAACUAUAUAAUAAACUUCUUUCUGAGUUUCAUGACAAGUCCUUGAUGAACUUUAAGAGAGAAGUGAGAAGGUUGCUUUUAAAUGAAACUAUAUAUUCUAUAGAAGAGUUCUUAUGGAGAAAGAAUAUGUGAUGAGGAUUGUUUUUUAUUUUUAUUGUGUUUGUAUGCAUGUUGUUACCACUGUGAUAUUUUAUAUUUGUUUAUUACUGUCGACAC